CGCCAUAGGCCCCGAGUUUUACCUGAACAAGUAGAAGAGAUUCCAAGCGGGAACAGACGAGCAGGGUCGCAACGCGAGUGGCCGGGGGCAUGGCGACCACCACGGUAGAGGACCUGCUGCACGCCGACGUGCUGGGCUGCGCGCUGCGGCGCCUGGACGGGCGGUCGCUGGCCGCCGCCAGCUGCGUCACGGCGGGGCUCCGCGCGCUCGCCGCGGACCCGGAGACGUGGCGCUCGCUCUGCCUCGCCGAGUGGCCGUCGCUCGCGCUGCCGGGCGCCCGCCCCCUCGCCGCCGCGAUCCCGCCGCGCCGGCUCUUCGCCGACGCCUCCCCGUUCCCGUCGUCCCCGGGGGCCGCGCCCGCUGGCGAGCUCCGGCCGCCCGUCCCCGGCGAGCUGGUCUCCGCGGUGGACGUCUACUGCGGGGGCGCGCCGCUGCUGUCCCGCGUCGUGGCGACGCCCGCGUCGUCGCCGUGGUUCCUCUGCUCGCCGUUCCGCGUCGAGGCCGUCGAGCGCAAGAGGCCGCCGGCGCCGGCGGCCGCGCCCGCGCUCGCCCCCGCGGAGCUGCGGCUGAGCUGGGUGGUCGCGGACCCGGCGCGGGGCCGGGCGGUGAACGUCUCCAGCCGGCGCCCGGUGUCCGUGGACCGGCACUGGUACACGGGCGAGACGCUGGUGCGCUUCGCGGUUGUGCUGGGCGGGUGCAAGUUCGAGGCCACCGUGGCCUGCGCCGAGGGGUCCGGCCACGUCACCGAGGUCGCCCUCGCCGUCGAGGACGCCGACGGCGCCGCGGUCAGCGGCGAGGGCACGCUGCGGCUCCUCGCCGCGGCGAUGGAGGCGCCCAGGAGGGGACGGGAGCGGGAGCCGGAGGAGGCCAAGAGGCGGUACCAGGAGUUCGUCAGGCGCAAGAAGGGGAGGAAGGAGAGCAAGGCGCGGCGGGAGGCGCUCGUGGACCUGUGCUGCUCCGCCGUCAGCGCCGCCGUCGUGCUCACCUGCCUCGCCGCGGUCGCGCUCCGGUGAUCGGCGCCUGCCUCUGCCGGCCGACGAAAUGGCGCAAUAAAAUGUAGUACUACUCUGAUCAACCGUCAGGUGCACUAGACAUGUCAUUAGCGUACAACAUCGACCACUAAACUUUUCCGUAAACGCUUUUUUUCUUCUUCCUGGUAGUAACAGUGAGCGACUGGACAACAUCAUGUCCUGCACUGAUGUGCGUCGUUUUCCUUUAACAAACAAUGUGACAACGAUACAGGAGAAAAUAUCUGCCGUUGAGUGCAUUACCUUUCAUUAUUUUCGUAGAAUCAAGUACUGUUCCCAACUUCCUUCAAAAAAAAAAAAACUCUUCCCAACUUCGGGGAUCAGGUCCGCCAGAUGAAAGAAUUUCCAGGAAUCAGAU